AUGGAAUCAUCGAUCGAAGAAGUAGUAGAUUUAUUCAAUAAGUUGCAAUGGAAAUCUCCGAGUAAAGUGGCAGAAUUUAUUGAUCGUUUUUACCUUUUGGCAAAGUCCAAUUUAAAAUCUGUUCCAAACUUGAAAAGUACAUUCCAAAAAAAAUCGAUCGAUAAAAUUCUUUUUCAUUUGGUCAAACAGAUCAUCACGAGUAAUACAAAUUAUGAUAUUACUGUAAUUAUAAACUUUUUUGUGGACUGUGUUUAUGAAGAUGAGCCUGAAUUUAACGAAAAUGGUGAUGCUAUAUUAUUGAAGACAACACCAAUUCAUCUCGCAGCUGAGCAUAACAAACGCGAAGUAGCCCGAGAGCUAUUUAGAAUUUAUCGAAGAUUCGACAAUUACAUCAACAAGUCCGGUCUCACACAUUUUAUUAUCGCAUGCAAAUUUGGCUUGGAGGAUGAAGUGUUCAAAUUCAUUGCACUUGGGCAAGAUGUCAACUCCAUUUAUCCAGAAACAGGUGAUUCACUAUUAGCUCUGAGUUUAAAAACAAAACAUAUGAACGUUUUUGAGAUACUAUUGAUUAACGGCGCGGAUCCGCAUAGGACCGAUAAUGCCGGUUUCAAUAUAUUGCACUAUGUUUGUGAAAAUGAAAAGUAUGAUAUCUUGUUAACAUUUUUCGACAUUAUGGAAAGGCAAAAAAGAGAAAUACAUAUAAAUGCAAGAACUAAAGAUGGGAGAACAGCUUUGAUGCUUUCUGUUAUUCGACAAGACAAAGAAAUGGUAAAUUUUUUACUGAAAAAAAAAAGUUUAAUUCACAUUAAAAACAAUGAAGGAGAAACCAUUUUACACAUUAUAAGCAAAACAUCAGAAGACAAUGAUGAAAUUCUAAAGUGUAUUAUGAAUGUUAUGGAGAUGCCUGUAAAUUUUAUAAAUGAGCCAGACAGGCACAGCAAUACUGCAUUGCAUUUGGCAUGCAUGCUCGAUUGUUUAAUAAUAACGAAACUGUUGCUGUCUCUCGGAGCUGAUCCGAGCUUACGAAAUAAUGAAGAGCAUACAAUUGUACAUAUUAUCUCGCUGCAUUCCCCCGACGAUACAGAAUUGUUACAAUUAGUACUAAGUGAAAACCAGUACAAAAAAUCAUUAAAAAUCGAUACACGAGACAAAGUAGGAAAUCGACCGAUUCAUUUGGCUUUGAAAACCGAACAAAGAGGAAUAGCAAUGAUUCUUGUCGCUAAAGGAGCUGAUGUAAAUUCUGUCAACAAGGAUGGCUCAAGUCCGUUACACAUGAUUUGUCAAGCAAAAAAUUACAAUGACGAGGAAGACGAAGAAACUCUUGUCGAUUUCUUCUUUCAACUUUGCUCUCGUUACCAAAAACAAAUUGAUGUGAAUGCAAUCGACGAAAGCGGGCGAACGAGUCUACAUUGGGCUAUAGAGAAUCUAAUGCCAAGGACAGUAGAAACGCUUCGGCGCCAUGACGCUAAAUUAAAGGUAUUCCAAUUUUCCACUGCACUAACACACAGAUUUCAAACAGAUGAACAUGAAACUUUGAAGCUGCAAGCAAUUCAAGUCGUGUGUGGAAGUAUUGGCGUUCUAGAAAGUUUAAAAAAAUUCAAUUACAAAGUUAGUUUAAGAGACUACUACACAGUCAUGAAAUUAUUUCAAAAGUUGCACGUUUUCAAUAUGCGCCAAAUGAAUCUUUACCAAGCGAUAAAGAAAAAAGAAGAAAUUAGAAACAUUGCCAAAAAAUACAUGAUACGACCCAGCGUAUCCCUAUAUAGCAUUAUGCAGCAAUCGGAUCCGGAAAACAUAGAGUUAGACUACAAAGAUUAUUUAUAUCUUGCCAAUAAUUUAAAAUUCCCAGAUGAUUUUCGACAAGCCGCCGUGGUCAGCAUGGUUAAAAAAUGGGUACAAUUGUAUCCAAUUUUAGUAAGAACCUGUAAAUAA